AUGGUCACGUCAGAGAGGCUCCACUUUGCCAAGGGUAAGGAAAGGGCUGCUGCUGCUGCUGCUGCUGCUACCUGUUUAUACUGUGGCGGUGCUGAGAGGAGGCUCAGAGCCAGAGCGGCGAAAGGAGGCCGAAGAAACACCUGCCUGCAACGGGGCGCAGGAGGAAGGGGCAGCGGGGGUAGGAAGCUGUCAAAGCCGAGAAGCGGCGCCUCAGCCGCUUCCGAAGCCCCCCGUCCAGCCCCUUCCACCCAACCUCCCUCACACCGAAAGCGGGGGACGAGAAGCGGGGAAGGGGGAGAGGCUCGCCUACCCACCUGCGGGAAGGACCGGCGUCAACCGCAGCAGCCUCUCGCCGCCUCAGCCGCCGCCACCAUUACUGCUGGCGCUGUUGCUAAUGCCUCGCUUUCUCCUUCUCCACAGCUUCCCCCUCCCCCCACCGCCGACCUCCCCGCGCUCACUCCUCCUCCAGUCCCUGUCAGCGUCUCCGGCAACGUAACAAGGCGCCCGCCCAUUGGCCCGCCCCCAGCAAGCGCGGCAUUCAUUGGUUUCCCUCCGAGGGGCGCGCGGGGAAGACCUUACAGCCAAUGGAGAAGCGCGGCGCCGCUUACAGCCUGAAGGAAAAGGGGCGGAGCUUCCGAACCCGGAAAAGGCCGCCUCGCCUUCUUUCCUUAGGCGGAACCUCUUGAGCUGGGUUAGGUUUCCCUGACGAGCUUGGCAAGAGAGGACUGGCUUCCGCUUCCGGUUAGGCCCCCUGAAGUCCUGCUGAAAGGGGUCACCGAGCCUCCAGGUAUGGGAUGGUUUACAGGUUCCUCCUGCUUUUAACGUUUGUUUCUCCGCCCCCCCCCGCGGCUCCCCUUUUAUGUUCCCUUCCGAGACUGGGAAGCCUUGUUCCUUGCCCUAAUUAUCAGGGUCACCGAUAAAAGACGCAAGGCUUUCGAGGCGGUGGCUGGCUGCAGUUCGACCUGUUCUGAACGGGGCUACUCAAUACAUCACGGUAGUUGAUGCAUCUUGAAAUCAAAGGCGUCUUGGUAGUCCGUGGAAUACCUUUAGUAACGGUCGGUCGAUUAAGGAGAUCUGCCUUGCAGGGUUGUUGGGGAAACCCAGCCAGACGGGCGGGGUAUAAAUAAAUUAUUAUUAUUAUUAGGAUAAGGUAAAAGACCUCUAUUGUCUUUGUCCAUGGAGUUUUCUUGGCAGGGAUAUUGGAGUGGCUUGCCGGUUCCUGCUCCAGGUGGAUCACGUUUGGUCAAAACUCUCCACUAUGACCUGUCCAUCUUGGGUGGCCUUGCCCGGCAUAGCUCAUAGCUUCUCUGAGUUAUUCGAGCCCCUUCGCCACAGCAAGGCAGUGAUCCAUGAAGGGGUUUUCCCAGUAGUGAUGUAUGGAAGUGAGAGCUGGACCAUAAAGAAGGUUGAUCGUCGAAGAAUUGAUGCUUUUGAAUUGUGGUGCUGGAGGAGACUCUUGAGAGUCCCAUGGACUGCAAGAAGAUCAAACCUAUCCAUUCUUAAGGAAAUCAGCCCUGAGUGCUCACUGGAAGGACAGAUCCUGAAGCUGAGGCUCCAAUACUUUGGCCACCUCAUGAGAAGAGAAGACUCCCGGGAAAGACCCUGAUGUUGGGAAAGAUGGAGGGCACAAGGAGAAGGGGACGACAGAGGAUAAGAUGGUUGGACAGUGUUCUCAAAGCUACCAGCAUGUAUGACCAAACCGCGGGAGGCAGUGGAAGACAGGAGUGCCUGGCGUGCUCUGGUCCAUGGGGUCACGAAGAGUCGGACACGACUAAACAACAAAGGACCCCUGGAUGGCUAAAUCCAGUCAAACGCUGGGGUUGAGGCGCUCAUCUCGCUUUUCAGGCUGAGGGAGCCGGUGUUUGUCCACAGACAGCUUUCCAGGUCAUGUGGCCAGCAUGACUAAACUGCUUAUGGCACAACGGGACACCAUGAUGGAAAUAAGAGUGCACGGAAACACCAUUUACCUUCCCGCUGCAGCGGUAGCUAUUUAUCUACUUGCACUGGGGUGCUUUCGAACUGCUAGGUUGACAGGAGCUGGGACAGAGCAACAGGAGCUCACCCUGUCGCGGGGAUUCGAACCACCAGCCUUCUGAUCAGCAAGCCCAAGAGGCUCAGUGGUUUAGCUGUGGGGUAACCCGGUGUAUGUUUCCUUAGUGGAAGGACAUGGCAUUCUUAGGAUACAGAACAAUGUGGUGUUGGGAGAGAGAAAGCAGAGAGAAAGAAAACCCCACACCUGUCGAGUUAUAUGCACCUGUGCAGGAGAACAAAAGAGAGUUUCUGGUGGUGUUGUCAGGGAGAAUCACCACAGUGGCUGCUCAGCUGAAGCUAAUGUAUACACAGAAACACAAGGUAGACCUGUCAGUGGGAAGCAAAGUAAGAAUGUGCAGUUCACCGACAGUGGACAGUCCUGCAGUUGGACGUUUCUGAAUCACAAAAUUGUGGAGAUGGGAAAUUGCAUUGCUCAUCAUAUCACAAAUACUCAUAUCAGUAGCUCAACUGUUUUGUACAUAUUGGUACCGCUACUGAUGCAGUUAUUAUAUUGUAUAAAAUUAGCUUUUUCGCUGCUGGGUUUUUUUUGGGGGGGGGCAGACACAUAUUGGUUUGAAUUGAAUUGAAAUGUAUUGUUUUGAAACUGUAUUAUACAAACCUCAGAAGUACCAGCUCGGUUAAGCAAGUCUGGAUCCCUUGCAACAAAAAGGCAUAACUGUGUAGCUGAUAUACCGUAUUUUUCGCUCUAUAACAUGCAAGUAGUUUUUAGAGGAGGAAAACAAGAAAAAAAAUAUUCUAAACGAAAUAGUGGAUAUAUGAUUUUUGUGGUUCAUGCUGUGGCCACAGACAUGUGAUCUGACAGUGAGUUUGGAGUAGCCCAAGGCAAAAACCCUGAGGAUCCAUGUGGAUCCAUGCUUUGUAACCACGGAGGAGGGAAGGAAGGAACCAUGGAUCCUCUGCUCACGACUGCAGCAGAUCCCCCCCGCCACCCGCAGGCAUUCGCUCCAUAACACGCACAGACAUUUCCCCUUACUUUCUAGGAGGAAAACAGUGAGUGUUAUGGUGCAAAAAAUACGGUAUCUAUCUAGAAAGGCUUUGAAAAAUGUAUAUUCUGUGAUGUUCUGAGUCCUUCAAUCCUUAUUUACAUCAUAGUCUCUACUGAUCAGAAAGUCUACCAGUAUUUCUUAGCCCAUCUGCUUGCACAUUACUUAUGUUUGGUUUCCUGUGACAAGCAAGAUUCUCCUCCAGCCACCAGACAAGUAGCUAUAUUUGUGGCUGCUGUAUACCAGACUUUAGUUUUAUUUACAGGUAAAGGAUGUUGAAAUUAGGGUUGCCGUGCUCAUUAGUUUAGUAGUUUGAUAAUGUCGGCUGACCACCUAUGCUGAGUGCAGUCAAGGGUUGUAAAAUAUUCCAAGAUUGCUGCAGUAUAGGUGGGUAACUUCUUAAAUAUCAUUAUGGUGUCGUUUGGUAGCAAGGGAAAGACUGGAUGCUGCUUGGCUCUGCAGCAAUCUGGACAAACAAAGGAGCAUAUCUGAGUUGCUCCUGCUGCUGCCCUGCUAUAAAUGAAAGCAUCUCUAAAGAGGAAUAAGAGCAGUCAUUAGUGGCAAAGGUUGCUGCCUAGAACAGCCUGCUGAUGCUUGACUGCUUCCAGCAAUGCUGGUUAUCUGGAAAACCUUAAACCGGAAAGUUUGCUAUGCAAAUUCUGGGAAUUUGCAUCAUAAAUCAUUAAGCUUCCUUUGAAAAACUUCCUGAUGCUGAGUGAUCAAAUUUUGCAUGUUUGUUUUGCUUGCGUUUAGUAAACAAAGCUUACAGCUUCGAAAUCAUCACCCUUGCCUAAAAUGCUAUUUGCACUUGGCAUGCACUCAUUGUUCCUAAUUAACUUAUGAAACAAAGUUUUCCAUGGAAAAGUAAAGCACUGGGAGGGGGGGAUGUGUCCCUCAUGUACUGGCUACUGCCCACGUAGUACAACUGCAUUUAAAAACUGAAUUUUAAAAAAGAAAUGGUUGCAGUUUGCUUCCUUCCAGUUUUCUUUUCGUCCUUUUUUUUUAAUGUUACUGCACCUAGUGUAUGGGGAUAAAAGCCAAAGAAAAGAACUGCUAUAUUAAUCAUUUUAUAUUAUUUUGACAUUUUAUAAUAGUUCAUUACAUUUUUUUAAAAAAACUUGUCAGUUGAUGAGAUAUCACAUUAACUCACUUGCUCUUUGUAAUUGGCAUAAGUAUCACACUUGCUGAUAAUGAAAACACCUCUUGCUGUUGUGAUCCUAUAUGUAUCUACUCAGAAGUAAAUCUUGGUGUUUUCAGUGGUGCUUACUUCCAAGUAAGUAUUAUAGGAUUGCAAGCCUAUUAUAAGGCUUUCAAAACUAUUACUUCCUCUUUGGCGAUCACUCGUAGCCGAGUAAGAUUGUCUUCCAUAAACACGGUUUUAACAAUGAGUCCGUAAGUGACCGUGGAGGCCAAUUCUGGACCCACACGUCCUUCCACAGUGGGGACAUUGGUUCCUGGGCGGGAGUUGAUCACAGUGUGGAUUUGCCAAGCAUGCCUUCCUCUUAGCACGUUUCUCCCUCACGUCCUGAAUUUGAGCAUCUUCAAACCCCAUGACACCUUUGGUAAAGGAUGUUCUCCAAUUGGAGCACUCACAGGCCAGUGUUUCCCAGUUGUUGGUGUUUACACUACUUUUUUUAGAUUAGCCUUGAGACAGUCUUUAAACCUCUUUUGUUGACCACCAGCAUUACGCUUUCCAUUUUUAAGUUCGGAAUAGAGUAGUUGCAAUGGAAGACGAUAGUCAGGCAUCCGCACAACAUGACCAGUCCAAUGAAGUUGAUGUUGAAGAAUCAUUGCUUCGACACUGGUGAUCUUUGCUUCUUCCAGUACGCUGACGCUAUUUGACCAGUCAGAUGCAAGUGCAUUAUUAGCAUUAGGCAGGUGGAGGGGCAGCAGACUUGAAAACGACAACAGGGAAUAUUAGUUGCUACUCAUAUGCCAAAAGCUAAAAUGUCACCCUUGGUUGUUGUCUUAAAUAAUUUAUUCAAGGACUAAAAGCCUCGUCAGGGCACAUCAUAUCUUGAGAAUAUAAAUGGUCAUCUAAAAUUUAUUGAAGUACCCAUUAAAGUAUUUUUUUCUGAUCUGUCAGAAGAAUGGGAAGACGCCAAUUCAUUCAUUCCCUUUUAGUUUCAUUGUUCUGGGUCUCACUCUUGCAAAGUCUUUUCUAUGUGCUUAUCUAACUGCUGAGUCAAAUGAGUACUUUCAAGAGCAGAAUGAUGAUUAUGUCUUAUGUACAGAUCUGGAGGAUGACUAAUGCAAGUCAGUACAUCUUGUUCGCAAGCAAUAGAAGCUCCAUGAACUUGUACAGCCGUUCUUGGAAUGCAAGCCGUUUAAAAACUAAUUUUAGAAGGAAUUGUAAUUAAUAAAGCUUAUUAAAAUGCAGUUUAUUGCAGCUUUGAACUGCUAAACACAAUUGGUCUCUUAAAAAUGGGGAGUUUCCUCAUUUGACUGGAGAUAAUUUUAAAAGUUGCGUGUUUUUACAGUUUCUUUCUUUAUUUUCUUUCAUAUUUCUUACUGGGUUGUUAUUUUAAAAAGAAGAAAGUUUUAUUUGCAUGGAAAAGUGAGUUCCCGGUGAUCCAUCUCUUUGUCACAUUCUAGUACGUAGUAUGACCAAGAAAUUGAAUUCAAAGCAUUACCAGAUAGCAAUGAGCUCAGGUGGCUUCCAUUUAGUUUUAUGAAAGAAAACUGAUGCUGGUACCAGGACUACAAGUGGAUGGACAAACCCCUCGCUCAGUAAACCGGGAUCAUGAAUAUAUCACACUUCUUUCUUUCCAAAAAAAUGGUGGUUGACAUUUGCUCCCAUGGUAGGAAAAGUAAACCUCUGCAUCUUGGAAUAGUAUAUGAAUUAUUACUUGCCCCCAGCCCUGGGUGGCCCAGUCUCUCUUAAAAUGUGGGAUGGAUGAUAUAUAUGAUCCUGCUGCCUGCAACCACCCCUUCCUAAUCACAGAGAUAAAGUUAGUACUGUCCUAUAAACAAGUUAAGGCUAGUAUUAAUGGAAUUCAUGCGAUGAUUUUCAGCGGAGGCAGUUGGCUCAGAUGUUGUUGUAUAGAAACAGGUUAGGGCAGUGGUUCCCGAUUAAGGGUCUAGGGAUCCCUGGGGGUUCCCAGAACACACUCCGGGGGUCUGUGGCUCAAUCCCUUACCUCCCCGCCCCAACUAUUCUUUUGUCAUUUUUGCAUGGGAAUAUCACAAAUUUUAUGGUCUGUUUUUUAGUACAGUAUACCCAAAAUCAAUUGCUUAUUAGGGGCUACAGCACAUUUUGUUCAAAAAAAUUGCUUUGCAGUGGUGACUACCAUAGAACAUGGGUUUUUGUUGGGGGGCAGGCUUUUGGGGGGAGCAGAAUCUCGGUUUUGUAUUGAUUUGGGGGACAGCUGCCCCCCUCCUCCCUUGGCUACACCCGUGCCAUAGAGUUAUCAAAAAAUUUCAAAAGUUUUUGAAAAAUAGGGGGUUGUCAGUAAUUAGCUAAUUGGGAACCACUGGUCUAGGGCCUUUCCAACUUUAAAAAGUUAAAGGACCCCUGACCAUUAGGUCCAGUCGCAGAUGACUCUGGGGUUGCGGCGCUCAUCUCGCUUUACUGGCCGAGGGAGCCGGCGUACAGCUUCCGGGUGAUGUGGCCAGCAUGGCUAAGCCACUUCUGGUGAACCAUAGCAGCGCACGGAAACGCCGUUUACCUUCCCGCCGAAGCGGUCCCUAUUUAUCUACUUGCACUGCGUGCUUUCAAACUUCUAGGUUGGCAGGAGCAGGGACCGAGCAACGGGAGCUCACCCCGUCGCGGGGAAUCGAACCACCUACCUUCUGAUUGGCAAGCCCUAGGCUCUGUGGUUUAACGCACAGCGCCACCCGUGACCUUACUGUCACUUAAAAGUGGGUGCCGUUUUUAAAAGUUGCAUUUAAUCCAGAUGUCUUGCCUCAGAGAAGCACUUCCAUUGCAGGGGACUCAUUUCCAUAACAGUCAAUGAGCCUUUUGUGAAUUAAGUGCUUGCUAUGUGAAGUGUGCGAAAUAUAGUUGUAUUGAGUGUCAUGUAAAUACUGAAUUGUACCUUUGACAUAACCUCAUGAGCAUGACCAAUCCCUCUACUCCCACUUCCAUGCAGUUUUUUUAAUAGUACUCCUGUAUAACCUUGGCAAUACUGUACUGCUGGAGCAUUCAAAUAACUAGAGUUUUGACUCUGCACACAUUCUGUGUGUGUGUGUGUGUGUGUGUGUGUGUCUGUCUGUCUGUCUGUCUGUCUGUCUCCUCCCUUAGCCGUAGCUUGUCAUUUAAUUGUCCUAAGUGAAAUUGUCACAAGGAAGGCUUUCAGGGUAGACACACCCACCCACCCCUAUUUAUAUGUGAAUUCAGGAGACAGUUUUUCCAACUUGGUUUGCAAAACAGAACGAUGGGGGAGCAAAACCGUUCCUCCCAUCCAUUCUGCAGCAAAUACUAGAGGGUGUCAGAUGCUAAGUCGUGCUUGUGCAAAUAGAGCACUACUUAAAUGUUCUACUCAAGUGUUGGGUGGGGGUGUUCCACCUAGUUCUUAAAGGGCCUUAGCCAAUUAGAGUAUUAUGAACUGCUAUUAUGAAUAACUGCAAUUUGCUAAGGAAUACUUGACACAUUUCUUAUGUUGCCAUUGUGCAGUGGGUGGUCAAUUUCCUAUUAUUUUAUAAAGAGUAGUUCUGAAUGCAGUUUUAUAAAUAAUCUUGUAAGAGCUGCUUUUCUUUUCCUUUAAAUCUUUCUCCAGAAACAUGGGGCAUGGUCAUGAACAUGGUCCGGUCAAAGUGGAAUAUCCUGAUCCAAAAGUAUGGAAAGUAGAGGGGACUCCCUUACAAGAUAUCCAAGAAAGGUUGGCUCGGCGUGGUCUGAAGGAUCCAUGGCUUCGGUAAGAGCUGGCAAAAAUACGGCCUUUCACUUGCUUUCAUCAGCCACAGACUUAUUGUAUAGCAGACAAUAUCCUCUUUUUACAAGAAAAGAUCCAAAACCCUCUAAAUAGGUUCAGGUUGUUUUUUUAAUGUCCAUUCAGGAACACAAUCCUCUGAAAUACUUAGGAUUGGUGUGGAGAACUGUCUUCAGCCCAGGGGCCACAUGUUAAUGAUGAGGGAGAUCAGAGGCAAAAGAGUGCAGAGGAAAGAAUGUAAUUUUUCCGUUUGUACAGUAAGGAAGUUUAUACAGGUAGUACCAAGUGAGCCACAUAGGAGUUUUGCAAGGCAGAGUGCUGUAAUAUCUAGGGAAGAGAUUACCGUUUUUUUUGCUCUAUAGGACGCACUGGACCACAAGACGCACCUAGUUUUUAGAGGGGGAAAUCAAGGGGGAAAAGCCUGUCCGCUUCUCCCAGAGCUUCUCGGGGCUGCGGGGGAAGCCCGGGUUUUCCCCCCAGCCGCAAAGAAGGCAAGACAGCGAGCGGGAUCCAUCCCGCUGGCUAUCUUGGCUUCUGCCAUAGCCGCGCAACCUCUCCAGCUGGGAGCUAAACCUCUCCAGUGCGGCUAAAGAAGCGUGGCUAAAGAAGUCAAGGCAGCGAGCGCGAUCCAUCCCACUCGCUGCCUUGGCUUCCUCUUUAGCCUUGUGCAGCAUCUCCAGCCUCACCUCCCGCAAAAGCCCACAGGAGCCAUGCACCCUUUAAGGAGCGUGCUGCUCCUGCGGGCUUUUCUAGGAAAAGCCCGCAAGAGCCAUGCGAAGCUUGUGUGCAGCUCUUGGGGGUUUUUCCUGCCUGCCUCCCCCCUGCAUUCGCUCCACAGGACGCACAGACUUUUCCCCUUAGUUUUUAAGAGGGAAAAAGUGCGUCCUAUGGAGCGAAAAAUACGGUAGAUAUUCUUGGCAGUGUUUCUCAAACGUGGGCGCCCAGCUGAUGUUGGACUACAGUUCUCAUCACCCCUAGCUAGCAGUGGUCAGGGAUGAUGGGAGUUGUAGUCCAAUAAUAGCUGGAGACCCAAGUUUGAGAAACACUAGCCUAGCAAGUGUUCCCAGGAUAGCAUUCAAGCAUGUUAAAGAGCUGUUCUUUCAAAGAAUGCAUCAUUCUAAAGUGGCAUCAGAAGCUCAAUGAUUGCAGUAGACCGGCAAGGAAAAUUAUAUGGUUGCUUGUGAAUUAUAGCUGAAUGGAUUCUUAUUAGAGACCACAAGCAAUAAACACAACCUGUAAGCAAAAUCGAUAACUAAAAGCCACAGAGCUCACAGAAAAGUCUAACUUAAGAGUGGGAAGGAGAGAUGGGAAAGUUUGCUUCUGUGGACUCUCUUUGCUAUCUUAAGAUCCAAGCCGUUUUGAGCAUCCCCCACCCCACACUCCAUCCCACACUAUUUGAGGCGGGGUGGGACCAUUCAGAGAUACUUUGUGGGGGUUGCAGAGGGGAGAAGACAAGAAGCUUUCCUUCUAUGAAUUUCCUUAGGUUAACUUCUGUAAGGAUAUAAGCCCGAAAAACCACAACACUUUUCACUGUAAUAUUGCUUCAGGAUACGUCAUUAAAUUUGUAGACCAAGAUAGGCAGUUGUACAACUUGACUUUUCGUUCCUCUUUGUUGUUUUGGUUUUGCCCUCUAGCAACGAAGCCUGGCGGUAUAUGGGCACCUUUGCAAAACCUGUCACUAUCAUGGAUGUUCUCCGCAAAGGAUUCAAAUGGGGAUUUACAGCCUUUGUGGUAGCUCUUGCGGUUGAGUAUACGUUGUUCCCUCCAAAGAAGGAUAAGGGCCAGCACUGA